GCACUGCGAAGUAGUUCCCGUGCGUGAAACAACUCCGUCAGGGGACGAACAUUUUCACAACUGAACUUGACGCUUUUUGGAUUCAUCAAUGAGCUCGUCCAGGCACUUGUAGCUGCUUGGAGUGAAGACGGGACUGGAGGACCGCUACCAGGAAAACGACCUGUAUUUUCUUCCAGUCGGUAUUCAACAUGACAUUCUGGAUUUGUGUACUUGCUGUCAGCUGGGCAGUUGAAGCGACACACGGGGGGACCAGCCAGGAGCCCUGUAAUGGGCUGGACUGUAGCGGAGGAUGUAACUGUAACCCAGAGAAAGGUGGCAGGGGGCGUCCAGGGGCAUUGGGGCCAGUAGGACCCGGUGGACCAGAGGGGUUCCCAGGCGACCAAGGGCCUUUCGGGCAAAAAGGAGAGAAGGGCCACGUCGGACGCAUGGGCCCCUCUGGGCUGAAAGGAGACCAGGGGCCCAUGGGCGUCCCAGGGUUCCCAGGAAACGACGGAGUCCCAGGUCACCCAGGUCAGGACGGUGGCAGGGGUCUACCAGGGUUUGAUGGCUGUAACGGUACCCAGGGAGACCCAGGUCCCAGAGCUCUAGACGGAGGAAUACCUGGAGCUUCAGGACUCCCUGGGCCUAAAGGUCCUAAAGGGCAGAAGGGAGAACCUGUAUAUGUUGGAACCAUAGGGGGAGCUCCUGGUUUGCCUGGACUGGACGGUGUACCUGGUCCUGGAGGUCCUGACGGAAGGCCUGGUGACAUCGGCCCCAGUGGUCCUGAAGGAUUACUUGGCAAUCCAGGUCCCCCCGGUCCCCCUGGUCCUGUAGGGAGCCCCAGCCUAGGCUUCCGGGGGGAGCCAGGAGAUAAGGGCAACACGGGUCCACCCGGACCUCGAGGCGUGCCCGGCGACGAGCCGCUAGUAGGCUCAUCUAUUACCACUAUCUACAAAGGAGAUAAGGGGGAAGGGGGUUACAAAGGAGUACGUGGACCAUCUGGUAGACCCGGCCUACCUGGUCCUUUUGGCUAUCCUGGCGAGAAGGGAGAGAAUGGAAUUCUGGGGUAUCCAGGGGGACGGGGUCCUCCUGGUUUUAAUGGACCUCCCGGAUCUCCUGGAAGACAGGGAUUCACAGGCAGUCCGGGGUUCCCCGGGCAACCAGGUUACAGUGGACCUAAGGGUGACCAGGGGGAACAGGGGCCUCCCGGACCCCCCAUCUACGCAGACACACAAGGGCUGGCUGUUCAAGGAGCACCAGGUGACAACGGUAUCGACGGCUUCCCCGGCCAACCAGGUGACGCUGGCACUCCAGGGUUUCCAGGACAACCAGGACGACCAGGCGACUCCUUCGGCGAUGGUCGAGGAGGCAGCCCAGGGUUCCCUGGUACCCCAGGGCCUAAGGGAGAGAGGGGUAACCCCGGCAGACAGAGUUACGGCCCUGAGGGCCUACCAGGAGGACCAGGCUUACCAGGACCCCCUGGACCUCCCGGACCACCAGGCAGAUCUGUCAACAUCCAGCCCGGCAGGUUUGACAAUCUACCAGGAGCGCCAGGACGACCAGGAGGCCAGGGACCACCUGGAGCCAGCGGAUACAAAGGACCCAAAGGGGAACUGGGUGACUGUAACUGCCUGGGAGGAGGCACCACGGGUGGGGUGGGAGCACCGGGGGCUCCUGGGGCUGAUGGAAGACCUGGGGCCUUCGGCAGGAAGGGCGAAAGCGGAGACCCAGGCAUACCCGGUUUCGGAGGACAACCAGGAACACCUGGCCGUGUGGGCGAGAGGGGUUUCUUUGGGCGUAAAGGAGAAAAGGGUGCCUCCUUCUACCCCUCGUUCAGCCGAGGGAUCAAGGGUGAACAGGGGGCCCAGGGCCUUCGAGGGCCCCCUGGAAACAUGGGUCGACCCGGGAGAGACGGACUUCCUGGGUCCCCCGGACAGCCUGGGCCUCCUGCUGAUGUUGAUGGCUAUGGAACCAUUGGAGAGAGAGGAUUCCCAGGGUUGUCAGGCGCCAAAGGUCGCGCCGGUGAACCUGGAGAGAACGGGAUUGGCUACCAGGGUACCAUCGGCCCCCGUGGGUUUCCAGGCGACUCGGGCUUUACGGGGUUACCAGGGCAACCUGGUUUACCUGGCCCUCCAGGUGACAGCUGUGGGCAGGAGGGGGUUAAUGGCGCAGAGGGAGGGCUAACGCUACCAUGUCGUCUACCUGGUGAGGAUGGAAACCCCGGCUUCCCCGGAAUACCUGGAAGACUAGGUCCCAAGGGCGAGCCAGGUUUCCCAGGUGGUCCCGGUCGGCCCGGUUUUGACGGAGGGAAGGGAGAGAGAGGAGACCCAGGUUACGGGGGCCAGCCUGGGCCACAAGGUUUCCCUGGCCCCAGAGGAGAUGCGGGGGGCCCAGGUAUUCCAGGCGAGGGUCGUCCAGGGGCCCCAGGGAAGAACGGGCUCCCGGGGCGGCCGGGGGAGAAGGGCCGGCCAGGGGAGGUGCUGGGGUCCUCAACAGGGCUCCCUGGACCACCUGGGUUCCCAGGAGGACCAGGAGACAAGGGAGAGCCAGGAGCAUCAGGACUUCCCGGAGGAUCAGGUUUUGAUGGUCGGUCGGGCAUUCCCGGAGCUAAGGGUGUGCGCGGUACGGAUGGCUACCCCGGAACUCUAGGUCUUCCCGGACUUCCUGGAGACAGAGGCAAUGGAUUUCCCGGUCCUGCUGGACCAUCCGGAAGCAAAGGAUUACCCGGAUCUCCAGGCUGUCAAGGCUACCCCGGUUUAAAAGGAGCCAGAGGUGACGCGGGCUUCCCAGGCCCAACCGGGAGGAAGGGGCAACCAGGGCAACCAGGAGGGGAUGGAUCAUCAGGACUCAGGGGCCUUCCGGGACCACCGGGCCCCGGGGGAAGAAACGGCAUCCCUGGGGGACCAGGAAGGAAGGGCGAGAGCGGUUACCCUGGACUGGCAGGUUUCCCCGGAAUGCCAGGUAACCCUGGAAGACCCGGUGGACCAGGAGGUAAAGGAGCUCCGGGGUUCUCAGGAAAAGACGGCCUGCCCGGUGUCUUCGGAGCGCCAGGACCUAAAGGUGACGAAGGUUACCGUGGUCUCCCUGGCCCACCCGCUCUGCCCCCCAGAGUAGAUUACCUGGAGAAGGGACAGAGGGGCGAUAACGGUGCCAACGGACUACCCGGUUUCCCUGGACCUAGAGGUGACAAGGGUUUCCCAGGCCAGCCUGGUCGUCAGGGUUUGCCCGGACUGCCUGGUUAUGCUGACAGGGCUAAAGGAGAACCAGGACUUCCCGGUCUCCCUGGACGCCCAGCCGGUCCAGGCUACCCAGGCCCUAAAGGAUCUCCCGGUAUCAUCGGCUUCCCUGGCAUGCCUGGACCAAGGGGUGACGAUGGCAGGCCUGGUUUCCCUGGUAACCCCGGAGUCCCUGGUCAGCCAGGUGCUAAAGGGGAGAGAGGUGACUCGUCCGGCUACCCCGGAAGUCCCGGAGCUAAAGGUGAGUCCGGAACCCCCGGUUACCCAGGUGGCCAAGGUGCUAAUGGCGCCCCCGGCGACAACGGUUUCCCAGGGGGCCCUGGGUUCAGCGGACAGAAGGGAGCACCGGGAGUUCCUGGAAGACCUGGACUCUUGGGUACCCCUGGUUUCACUGGGGCUAAGGGUCUGAACGGAUACCCAGGAGGAAGAGGUCUCGACGGGACAACUGGCCGCCCCGGCUCCCCUGGAUCAUCUGGAGAAAAAGGUCUACCGGGAUCUCCUGGUCUUGAUGGACUCAACGGACUGGCUGGACCGAAGGGUAUACCAGGAACCCCGGGUUAUAGUGAGGAGGGUCGCCCCGGCACCCCUGGAGCGGCCGGUCUGAAGGGAGAGAGGGGAUCCUCCAUCCCAGGACCCCCGGGAUACAACGCGGAGAAGGGAGCGAGAGGAGAGUCAGGGGGUCCUGGUAUGACAGGCUUCCCAGGUCUGCCUGGUCGUCGUGGGGAGACAAUCGGCUCCAAUAUCCCUGGACCUCUGGGAGACCCAGGCCUGCCCGGACUCGAUGGAGAAGAAGGUUACGGUGGUCCUCCAGGCCCCCCAGGCCCACCGGGGCCCAGUACGGCCCAGGGAGACAGAGGUGACGCUGGGCUACCUGGCUUCCCCGGUACCCCUGGGAGACGUGGAGAUCCUGGAGGUCCCGGUGGCCCAGGAAGGGAAGGCAGCCCUGGAUUCAAUGGAGAGAGAGGCGACUCUGGGUACAGUGGAGUGUCAGGAACCAAAGGCUACCCUGGAGAUCCAGGAUAUUACGGAGGGAAAGGACCCAAAGGAAGGAAAGGUUCUUCUGGUCGUAAGGGGGCCCCAGGUAUAACUUUACCCCCCCCGAUCUUCCAGACUCCCUACGGAGAAGUGGGAGGCCCUGGGCUCAACGGCGCUCCAGGGGCCAUGGGAGAACCAGGCAAUCCUGGCAUUCCAGGCAGAGGGGGUCCUAAAGGAAGGCCCGGUGCGGUGGGGAAGCUGGGGAGGAACGGAGGGUCAGGUCUGAAUGGACCUCUGGGAGACCCUGGUUCUCCUGGUUUCCCUGGACCUUCCGGAUCACAAGGUCUGCCUGGUAAGCCUGGUCUGCAGGGUCCCCCCGGCAGUGUGGCCCGCAGCAGGAGUGUUGGUUUCACCCUGGUGAAACACAGUCAGAACAACCAGGUACCCAUGUGUCCCCAGGGCAUGUCCCGGCUCUGGGAGGGAUACAGUCUGCUGUACGUAGAGGGGCAGGAGAAGGCACACAACCAGGACCUCGGUAUGGCGGGCUCCUGCCUCCCCCGUUUCAGCACUGUCCCCUUCCUCUACUGCACGCCCAACGAGAUCUGUUACUACGCCAGCCGCAACGACAAGUCCUAUUGGCUGUCCACCACUGCGCCCAUCCCCAUGAUGCCGGUGGGAGAGGAGGCCAUCAGCCAGUACAUCAGCAGGUGCUCCGUGUGCGAGGCCAUGUCCCAGGCUGUGGCUGUCCACUCCCAGGACCUCACCAUCCCCACCUGCCCUGCUGGCUGGAGGUCUCUCUGGAUCGGGUACUCCUUCCUCAUGCACACAGCUGCCGGGGCUGAGGGCGGAGGCCAGUCCCUUGUUUCACCCGGGUCCUGUCUGGAAGACUUCCGUGCAACUCCCUUCAUCGAGUGUAACGGGGCUAAGGGCACCUGCCACUUCUUUGCCAACAAGUACAGCUUCUGGCUGACCACGGUGGAGCCUAGCCGGGAGUUCAACCCCCCUCCGAUGGACACGCUGAAGGGAGGCAACCAACUGAGCAGAGUCAGUCGCUGUCAGGUCUGCAGUAAGAUCUUGUAGCCGGGAGAAGAGUCGAAGAUAGAGAGAAGAAAUGGAAAACAGAGAGACUGAAACAACGAAGGAGGGGGUGAUGAUUACUUACAGAAAGAAAAAGAGAGAGGUAAAAAAAACAUUCCCCCUUAAAAACAUUUUGGGACCAAAUGACUGACUGAAUUUAAGCACCCUCCCCUGCUUCAUCCCAGGAUCUCACUUGGGGUGUAAAGGUGUCCUGAAGGGCCGACGAGGGCACUUCGUGGGUUUAUGAUGCGCGAAUAUCGAUGUUAGAAAGAGGGGGAUGGAUAUAGAACGAGAGAGAGAUGGAGAGAUGUGGGGUCUUGGUUUUGAUUGCUCUGCACUAGGAUAUCACUGACAGUGUUGCUAUAGCUACUGCAUUGUUGUAUACGUGUCUUUAUUUGUUUUUUUCUCGUUACUAUGGUUACGUGGUCUGAAAACUUUUGCGGCUACUUAGUGCAACCGCAAACCAACCCUUUUGACCACACUGAACCGUUUCCUCUUCCUGGCUGUGUCCCAAAUGGUCCCCUAUUCCCUAUAUAGUACACUACUUAUGGCUUGGGCUCCAUAGGCCUCUGGUCACAAGUAGUGUACAAUAUAGGGUUCCAUUUGGGACAGAUACUUCUCUACCAUAACAACAACAACUACAGUCAUAAACCUGAGAGACCUGCUAUACUGUACAUACCUAUUUACUGCUAGCCAACCACUUUUAUACUCACACACACACACACCGAUGAUAUCUUUGAUGUCUGAGAUACAGUAAGACUCUAUUAUUACCAAUAUGUCCUUUUUUUUUUAUGUUACCCUACUCCGGGACUCAACUUGACAACAGUUUGGAUAAAGGCACUUUUAAAAUACUAGAAUGAUUGGCAUAGAUAGUGAGGCAACAUCAUCCAAUGACGAAUCACUUGAACAAAAACAAUAGGUCAUAAGAGACCAUGUAUGUCAAUGUUUUGCACUGAUGUGAAUUCCAAUAAUGGGUAAGAUAGAAAUGUCAGUCAGUCUGUAACACUCAGUCUGUAACGUUUGACUUGUCAAUCAAAUGUGUGCCUUUUCAGUUUAGCUACAGCGACGGAUGGUGAAGAUUUAGGUUCUCACCACCACCACAGAAACGAACCUAUCAGCUCCUCGAUUCACUGCUGGCACACAAAUGAUCAACAACAAACGCACAUGAUUAUUAUGAUUAUUAUGGUUAUUUCAUCUCACUCCACACUUUCUGUUUCCGCCCACAGUGAGAUCAUUAUUAUGGUUAUUAUGGUUAUUAUGGUUAUUAUGAUUAUUAUGGUUAUUUCAUCUCACUCCACACUUUCUGUUUCCGCCCACAGUGAGAUCCGGAUAGUUGUGUUAAUGGGUGGGACUUGUAAUGCAAAUGUACUGUAACUGCCACAGAGCGGAGAGGAUACCACAAGAGCGUUGGGCCAGUAACCGAAACGUUGCUGGUUCGAAUCCCUAGCUGAUUAGAUGACAAAUCUGCUGAUGUGCCCUUGAGCAAGGCACUUAACCCUAACUGCUCCUGUAAGUCACUCUGGAUGAGAGCGUCUGCUAAAUUAGUUAAAAUGUCAAAUUAAAGUUGCUUAAUGGCACUUACAUUUGCCCAAGACAAACACAAAUGUUCGGGGAAACAGAUAUAGAGUACUGCUACUUCACUACAACUCUCUCGCUGACUGGAAUGGGUGACCAACGAUGCACCAAAUUGUACUGAUUUAAAACCGUCAUAUUCUGCAGGGUUACACUCACUCUUCUCACCUCGCUAGCCUAUCUACUCUCCAUAUUUUGUGACCAAAAUGUAAAAAAAAAUUAAAAUAAAAACCAACCAUGCUCAAGCCAAAACAUACAAGUAUGCAAUAAUCGCUUGGAAGGAAUCACAAACUAACAACAAACACACUCUUCGUUACACCGUCCCCAAACCUGUCGCCCGCGUGCGCCAUCGUGCGCAAUUGAUUUUGUUCCCCUACACCAAACGCGAUCAUGACAUGCAGUUUAAAAUAUCAAAACAAACUCUGAACCAAUUAUAUUAAUUUGGGGACAGGUCGAAAAGCGUUAAACAUUUAUGGCAAUUUAGCUAGCUAGCUUGCUGUUGCCAGCUAAUUUGUCCUGGGAUAUAAACGUUGAGUUGUUAUUUUACCUGAAAUGCACAAGGUUCUCUACUCCACCAAUUAAUCCACACAUAAAACGGUCAACCAAAUAGUUUCUUGUCAUCUCUCCUCCUUCCUGGGGUGGUUAGAGCGUUGGGCCAGUAACCAAAAGGUUGCUAGAUGGAAUCCCCGACCUGACAAGGUAAAACUCUGUCGUUCUGCCCCUGAACAAGGCAGUUAACCCACUGUUUCUAGGCUCUCAUUGUAAAUAAGAAUUUGUUCUUAACUGACUUGCCUAGUUAAAUAACAUUUAAAAAAAUGUUUAAAUCCAGGCUUUUUCUUCUUUGGACUUUACUUUGGCGUUACCACGACGACCGACCAAACUCAGUUAAUCUUUCAAUCACCCAUGUGGGUAUAACAAAUGAGGAGAUGGCACGUGGGUAUCUGCUUCUAUAAACCAAUAAGGAGAUGGGAGAGGCAAUAAUUGAAUAACAUGUAUGUGUACAUUUAUUUUGCAACGCUUGUGCACACGACACGAGUGGUGUAGUCAGCAUGUUAGAAUGUUUGUUAUUGUACAGAAGCUUACUAUACAUUUUAUCAACGUUAAGGCCUAUUGUGUUCUGGUAGUCCCUAUCUGCUGUCCUCAGCCUGUCUUGUCAAUGGCCACGUUCCAGAGCCGACUACAUUAGGUUCCAGAGCCAACUACAUUAGGUUUCAGAGCCGACUACAUUAGGUUCCAGAGCUGACUACAUUAGGUUCCAGAGCUGACUACAUUAGGUUCCAGAGCCGACUACAUUAGGUUCCAGAGCCGACUACAUUAGGUUCCAGAGCCGACUACAUUAGGUUCCAGAGCCGACUACAUUAGGUUCCAGAGCCGACUACAUUAGGUUCCAGAGCCGACUACAUUAGGUUCCAGAGCCGACUACAUUAGGUUCCAGAGCCGACUACAUUAGGUUUCAGAGCCGACUACAUUAGGUUUCAGAGCCGACUACAUUAGGUUUCAGAGCCGACUACAUUAGGUUUCAGAGCCGACUACAUUAGGUUUCAGAGCCGACUACAUUAGGUUCCAGAGCCGACUACAUUAGGUUCCAGAGCUGACUACAUUAGGUUCCAGAGCCGACUACAUUAGGUUUCAGAGCCGACUACAUUAGGUUCCAGAGCCGACUACAUUAGGUUCCAGAGCCGACUACAUUAGGUUCCAGAGCCGACUACAUUAGGUUUCAGAGCUGACUACAUUACAGACGCCUACCAGAUCUCACAAAACCUGAAUUGGUGAUUAACAUAUCAGCUGAUCACAUUCUAUGAUCUAGCAAUCUGAUUGAUGCCUAACUGCGCAGUCGAUGAGGUGGCUCACAACCAUUGGUUGGUGGUUGAUGCAAUGCAACACCUGCAAUGUAGGUGGACUGGAACGUGGCCGUUGUCGCUGAAUUUAUGUUAAAGGUACUGGGUGAUUAAAAUUGUAACCACUAUGACCACUAUGUCUAUCACAUAGGCCCAUCUCUCGUUGGUAGCCCUGAGUACAUUAUUUGUCCUCAUUUGUUAUUGUUUUGUCUGUAAUCUAGAUUAUAAUUAUUUUUACUUCACAGUAUGUAUCCCCUGUUUCAAAGGUUAUUUACAAAUACAUUUUGUGGAAGCUGGUCUGUACAUUCGAUGAUAGGAACGGACGGUUUUUUAGGAUAUGUUUUUAUAUGGAAAUACAUACAGUACUUCUAUGAUUAUUUUUGAAUGACACAAAAGGAUAAAACACACAUUUUUAUUGUCGCUCUUUUGACACUGUCCUCUGAUGUUAAAUACAUUCCACCAUUUUAAAAGGAAUUUUGAGAAAACCUGAAGAUAAUUUUUUUUCCAUACAAAUCCACAUUUUACAUGUAUAACAGAAACAUAUGUAAGUGCCUACAAUGAUUAUGCAGUUGUGCUACAUUUUCCUCAAAGAGGAUAAACAACAGAAUUGAAUGAGUCUGAAAUGUGUGUUCUUGUUUUCACACUGAAAUAAAGUAUUACAAUUUAAUCAGA